AUGUUGCCUUUGCUGACAGAGCAGUUUCAUCUGAUGCCAGCUAUAAACUCCAAGCUUCACGUACUGCUGGUACAAUUCAUCUAUUUGACUUUAAGGCAGUUAGAAAUUGGAACACAGCAAACUUCUCUGACUUCAACUCUGAGAAGGCUGGGUAAAGAAAUCUGCAGAGGUUCACCAGAAAGUCCUGAAGAACAAGCUAACAUUGCAAAACAAAAGUCUGCAAUCUUCUUCAAGAGUCCUAACCUACGUAUAAGAUUUUUGUCAAUGCUAAUAGUUCUUAAAACAAUUUCACAAGCGGACUACUUGGCUCAAGCUUUUUACACUUUACACAAGGACUUAAAGAGUGAUGAAGGAAAAGCUUUGUUCCUUGAGUACCAGGCUUUACCUGUAGUUCUGAACCACCUCAGGACAUCCAGCAAAGGCCUUCUUUCUGCAGCUUUGGACAUACGGCUGCAGAUGAGCAUGGAGACGAGAAUGAGGCAUUUUCCGAAUGUUUCAUUGCUGCUUCAAAACCCUAAACUGGAGGUCCUGCUGCUGGAAAAGAUCAGCAUUAUCCUGCAGAAACUCACCACAAUAAAGGAGAACAAAAAGCUCUUUGAACUCCUAACGAUGCACCUCAUAAUCCAGGAGAUGCACAGGACUGCUGACCCUGACCACACCUUUUUGUCUUAA